AUGGCCAUCAACACACGUCCUACAAGCAUGAAUUUACUGCCACAAAAUUCACGGGUAGAAACAAAUGAAUGCAACGCGUUAAGACCUGUUCUGAAUUCUUAUUCUUUUAAAAAACACAGUAUCUAUUAUGAUGCAAAAGCGCAGUCUAAAAGUCACUUUAUGGCCUUUGUUCAUUUAGCUCGUCUUUUCGAAACAUUAGGUUUAUCCUCUUUUCGUUGCUUUUCACUCCGUCGUUCGUGGUCACCUGGUUAUGUACAAUCGAUACAAGUGGUUGAUCUAAAUGCGAACCCUUUUAAAGCUCAAGAAGAGAACAAGCUCCUUCGGUUUUGUGGUAUCAUUCAGACAGACCGUGCUGGUCGAUUUAAAACUCAAGAACAUCAAGAUGUAAAUGGUCGAUGUGUUGCUAUUGAUCUCGGAAGAAGAGACCUUUUGUUUUGUGUCGAUGAAAAAGCAACUGUAGAAAUUCCUAGUAAUUUUGGACAUACUAAGCAGGAUCAGGACAGAACCAGAAUAUCCAAAAAGUAUAGUAAUAUUUUACAAGUAAUUUGUUCGAACAAUCCCACUGUUUAUCAAGCCGAGAAUGUACUAGCGGAAAACCAAAACAGCUCACUCAAUUACUAUGGGUACACAACAACGUUUUCUCAAAACCCACAACUCAUGCUCCGAAAGCUGCGUUUAGCUGCAUAUUUUAACAAACAACGUGCAGACAUGCAACUUAUAAAUUCUUUGAAGCAAAAGUUUGGUAAGGAUGCGAUCUUUGUCUUGGGAAGCUGGUCUGCUCCAAACGCACUCUAUCAUGAACCAAUUCGGGAUAUGAGAUUGAGACGGCAUCUUUUAUAA